AAGAAAAAUAAAGCGACUCGUAUGCCCAAAUAUUAGGCAGCAAUGUCGGACCGCACGUACGCGGCAUUCUUCUAUGGCACGCUGAUGGCCGCUGAAGUCUUCUUCACGGUCUGUUAUAGGUUCUCCACGGAAAACGUGGCGCUCUUAAAGAGCCUUCACGAUUUCAAGCCAGCUAUAUUACAUGGUUAUUGCCGGCGUCGAGUUCAAUUUGCAGACUAUCCGGGAAUUACACCGGACCCAAAUCAUGAGGUCAGAGGGAUGUACGUGACAGGCCUAACAGACGCCAACAUGUUCCAUCUCGACGCCUUCGAGGGGAGCGAAUAUGAUCGUAAAACGGUUAAAGCCCGCUUACUUUCGAAAGUCGGCGACGACAAAGGACAAGGCAACGUCGAAGGCGAGGAGGUCGAGUGCGAAGUAUACGUCUUCAAGCAUCCUAAUCAACUAGAAGAUCGUGAGUGGGACUUUGAGGAGUUCCGGACGCAGAAGAUGAAAAACUGGACGCGAGAAGAUUAUGGCUUCGAAGAGAGCGACCAUUUCGCUCCUCAAGACGUCAAAGAUGAUGAAAAAGCGGCAGCUGUUUGAAGGUCAACGGAAGCCCAAACGUUGCAAAGCUCAUCAUUGACCUCCUAUCUUGAUUUCAAAGAGGACAAUAAGCAAGAAUGGCGGUCGAGAUUACCGUCAGAAUGCAUAAGAGUGCUAAUGCGGCAAUGCCCUCAUAAUGUCUUUUUUUCGCUAGACUAUUGUUCGUCUAAUAGAUAUGCAACGUUACCAAUUUAGCCUUUUUUUUUCUUGAGAUGAUUUAGCUGUGGGGAUUCGCAAUCUCUCAGGUUUGCCUAGACCUUGUCGUUGGUAAGGUAAGCCUUGCAGAAUUACCAGCUACACAAUUAGACGUUAGCACCAGAGUGGAUCAAUCAAUCAAUAUUCCAGGAUGGAGAACUAUUUGCAGUAGUACAUAGUAUACUAGGUAGGCAUGGU